AUGCUGCAAAAACUGCCAUUUUCAUCUCUUUUAUCACUCUUGUUUUUCGGUUUACUGCUACUCUGUGGCUCUGAGGCCUUGAGCGAGGACGUUCCAGCUGGGGUGAGAACUUAUCUGGUGAAGAGAGGACACAGGAGGUCUUUGGUGGUGACAGAACAUGGAGAGAUUUCAGCUGCUGAAAUUAGUACUGGAACAAAAGGGCCGUACCAUAUCCAGUUCUUCACAUUGGAGCCAAACUCCUUGUUGCUUCCUGUACUUCUCCAUGCUGACAUGGUCUUUUAUGUACACACAGGGAAUGGGAAGUUGAGUUGGACUGAUGGAACAGAAAUGAAGAGAAUGAAUUUACAGAGAGGAGAUGUUUAUAGACUGCAGGCAGGCUCGGUUUUCUUUGUGCAAAGUAACCAAGACUCAGAAAGACAGAGGAUGAGGAUCCAUGCUAUCUUUUCCAAUACAGAUGAGGAUGUUUAUGAGCCAUCAAUUGGAGCAUACUCUAGCAUCAGAGAUAUGGUCCUUGGAUUUGAUAGGAAAGUGCUUCAAGCAGCUUUUAAGGUCCCUGAAGAAGUGUUAGAGGAAAUAACCAGUGCGACAAAGCCACCAGCAGUGGUUCCUGCGGUAACAAAAGAUCGGAAGUCAGUAUAUUGGGAAUUAGAAGACCGAUUGGUAGGUAUUCUGAUGGGCAACAAACAUAAGAAAACCAAAGAAACCAAGACUUUCAACAUUCUAGAUGCUGACCCAGAUUUUGAGAACUGUAAUGGGUGGAGUCUGACUGUAGACAAACAUAGGUUGAGGUCACUAAGACAUUCCAACAUUGGAAUAUUCAUGGUGAACUUGACAAAGGGAUCCAUGAUGGGGCCGCAUUGGAAUCCAAUGGCAACCGAGAUAGCAGUAGUGUUACACGGGCACGGUAUGGUUCGGGUGGUUUGUCCUAGCACAGCAAAUGAGUCGGAGUGCAAAAACGUGAGGUUUAAGGUUAAGGAAGGGGAUGUUUUUGCAGUGUCUAGGUUCCAUCCUAUGGCUCAAAUGUCUUUCAACAAUGAUUCAUUUGUUUUCAUGGGGUUCAGCACAUCACCAAAGAGAAAUCAUCCUCAAUUUCUGACAGGGAAGAGGUCAAUCCUCCGAACAUUGGACAGAGGCAUCUUGGCUGUGUCUUUCAAUGUUACUAACACCACAAUGGAUCAGCUUUUAAAUGCUCAGGAAAAAGCACUCAUAUUAGAUUGCACUUCUUGUGCUGAGGAAGAGGAGACUAAAAUGAAAGAAGAAAUUGAAAAGGAAAGGCAGGAGGAGGAAGCUAGGAAGAGCAAGGAGGAGGAAGAAAAGGAGAGGGAGGAAGAGGAGGCUAGAAAGAAAGAAGAAGAGAAGGAGAGGGAGGAGGAGGAGGCACAAAAGAGAGAGGAAGAAGAAGAGCAAGCCAAGAAGAGAGAGGAGGAGGAGAGGGAAAGAGAAGCAGCCGCCGCGAAGAAGAGGGAGGAGGAGGAGAGGGAGAGGGAAAGAGAAGAAGAGGAAGCCAAGAAGAGAGAGGAGGAGAAGGAAAGGGAAGAAGAGGAAGCAAAGAAGAGAGAGGAGGAGAAGGAGAGGGAAAGAGAGGAAGAGGAGACCAGAAAGAGAGAAGAAGAAAAGAGACAAAAAGAAGAAGAGAGAAGAAGAGAACAGGAAGAAGCUGAGAGAGAGAGGAGACGACAAGAGGAGGAAGAAAAACAGAGGCAAGAAGAAGAGGAGCAAGAAGAGGCUAGAAGAAGAGAAGAAGAAAAGAGGCAACAAGAGGAACAAAGACAACGAGAAGAGGCAGCGAGGAGGGAGCAUGAAGAGGCAAGGAGACAAGAAGAAGAAAAGGCCAAGGAAAGGGAAAGACGUGAAGGAGGAGGGGAACAACCAGAGGAAGAAGAAGUGGAAGCUAGAAAAGAAGAUCAAGAGCGUAAAGGUGAUGAAGGGAUAGGAAGAAGAACGUUAAGAAAAGUGUGGAACCUCUAA